CGCCCAUUUAUUGACCCGAAUCUUGUCCUUCUUGCUCGGCACUAUGGCGAAGACGUACGAUUACCUGUUUAAACUGUUGCUUAUUGGCGACAGCGGGGUGGGGAAGACGUGUCUUCUGUUUCGAUUCAGCGAAGACUCUUUCAAUACCACCUUCAUAUCCACCAUCGGCAUCGACUUCAAAAUCAGAACAAUAGAGUUGGACGGAAAGAGAGUCAAACUUCAAAUUUGGGACACUGCAGGCCAGGAGCGCUUUCGCACCAUCACGACAGCUUACUACAGAGGAGCCAUGGGAAUCAUGCUGGUCUACGACAUCUCCAAUGAGAAGUCAUUUGAAAACAUUAAAAACUGGAUCAGGAAUAUUGAAGAGCACGCUUCAUCGGACGUUGAGAAGAUGGUCCUGGGUAACAAAUGUGACAUGACGGACAGGCGGCAAGUGUCCAAAGAUCGAGGUGAAAAACUGGCUAUCGAUUAUGGUGUCAAGUUCAUGGAAACCAGUGCAAAGACGAGUCUUAAUGUAGAAGAGGCAUUCUAUACCAUGGGAAGAGACAUCCUGCACAAUCUAAGUUCAAAAACGACUGACAACAGCACUGUCGCCUCUGGGAAAGCAGUCAAGAUCACAGAGAAGAAGUCCAAGCGGAUCAAAUUCCUCAAGUGUUCUCUCAUCUAGACCGUCCUGUGCAUAUUGCUGCAUGACUGCUCUUUCCGAGGGGCUCCUUCCUUUUGCGGAGAGGGGACUUUUGACCCCAGCUCGAGUUUGGGUUACUGCAGGAAGGCUCGUCCGACUUGACACUGGACGCGAAGGGAUGCCUCCUAACUGUGGUCAGCCACGGCUCGUUUGUAGCCGAGCCUGCCGAGGAGUCCGUUUCUGUUUGGCAGUUAUUCAACUUAGCAAACUGUGUUCUUAUACAUAUUCAAUGACAAAUGCCUCACUUUGUAGCACUGCUUUUAUACUCUGUGCCAUAUUGACCACGAGGAUACCGUGACAUGCAUAUCAAGUCCCGGCAAUGAUUGUAUUUGUGCGUAAAUUUAUGACUCGAAGGCAUUAGACUAGACAAUGUAUAAAUUCAGUGCGUUGUAGUUUUUCCAGUAAUGACAAAAAUAAGUGUUCCUUCCAUAAGAAGCAGUGAAUCCAUGUUGUCAUGCCAUUGUCAGUAUUUGCAUGAACGCUGUUGAACAUUAAGCACAUUGUAUACUACCUAAAAAGUCAGUUCGCUGUUGCAGAAGAAAGUGAUUGUUAAGUUCAUGUCAUAGUGCAAUAUAAGUGUUGACAUUCAGCAGUAUUUUUUCUCAUUAAAAGACAAAAGACUGAAGAAAGGUGUUUAAAUCAAUGAGGAUGGCAACAUUCUGUCCUGUGACCUGUAGCAUUCUAAAGAAAAUUUUUGAAUUUCAUUUUUAGCAAUUUUUUUGUAACUCGUACUGUUAUACGGUAACAUGACUAUUUCCUCUGAAAAUUAGACUUGUCGCAUUGUUUCUAAUAUUGUCAUCAUGUAACAUUUUCAACAUUUCUUAACUUAUUGACUGAAGUGGAUGCUAAAUUUUCCCCUUUUGCUCUUCCUAAAAAUGUACUUCACCUUUUUGAUAUUUCAAUGUGUCAUUAAAUUCUUACUUGUGCGCUGUUUACAGCCAGAAGACAAAAAAGCCACUUUUAGUCACCAAAUUGUCAUUCCAAAACAAAAGAAAAAUCCAGAUGUCAUCUUUUGUCUUUCAAAAUGUAUCUAUUACAUAGGCGGAGUUUUACUUUUGGGGCAGAGGGGGCACAACGUGUUGAUGACCCUGAAACACAGUGUCAGCAAUAA